AUGGGGAACCAGAAGCUUAAAUGGACGGAGGAGGAAGAGGAGGCGUUACUCGCCGGCGUUGAGAAGCAUGGUCCCGGAAAGUGGAAGAAUAUUCUCCGCGAUCCUGAAUUCGCUUUUCCCCUCUCUAGUCGCUCCAACAUCGACCUCAAGGAUAAAUGGCGUAACUUGAGUGUUCCCGCUGACAUUCAAGGCUCAAAGGAUAAGGUACGGACACCGAAAAUCAAAGCUGCCGCUUUGAAUCUAGCUGCCGUUGCAGCUGCCGCUACCAGUUCUCCAUCUCCUAGUUCGAUCCCUUCUCCAGUUGCUCCGGCUCCCCUUCCUCGUAGUGGAUCUUCUGAUUUGAACGUUGAUGAUAGUUGGAAUAAUAUGGUGGAUGCAAAGAAUGCUCCCAGGUAUGAUGGGAUGAUAUUCGAUGCUCUUUCAGCGUUGACGGAUCCUAAUGGAUCUGAUGUCACUACCAUUUUCAACUUAAUCGAGAAAAAAUAUGAAGUACCACCAACUUUUAAAAGGGUACUGGGUUCAAGACUGAGGAGGCUUGCUGCUCAGGGCAAAAUUGAAAAGGUUAACCAGAUAAAAGCAGGAACGCAGAACUUCUAUAAGAUGAAUGAUAAUAGCUUCUCGGGACUGAGAACGCCAGUUGUAGCGAGACCUAAAGAGACGAAUGUGAAACCUCGGCAGACAAACAGUUCAGUGUCCACAGUGUCGCAGGAGAAGGUAAAUCACGCUUCAGUAACCGCAGCGUUUAAGCUCGCGGAGGUAGAAAGAUUAUUAGAAUUGGUCAAAGGAGCUGCAAAAGAGAGAGAUAGGAUGAUAGAACUGGCAGAACGAGCUGAGAUUAUUCUACUGCUAGCGGAAGAGUUGCACGAAGCAUGUUCUCAGGGAAAGAUUGUGGAACUGAAUUGAGGUUGAUGGAACAAACGAAGCAAGCACAGGGUGAGUGAGCCUUUGUUUUUUGGUACAUAUACUAAUAGUAGUAGGCUAUUAGCUUGCUUUCUCUUGUUUUGAAUGAUACCAACUUAGGAGGAAUAGUUUGCACAAAUAACAUUUAACGUUCUUUCAUUUAC